AGUCCGCUGGUCACAUUAAUUUUUCCCGCCUAUUGUUUUGGACAAUUGGUUUUUGUUUACAUCUUUUUGCUGCAAAAAUGGAAUUCAUGGAGGUGGAUGAAAACACUCCCCAGCUAUAUGUUCGCACGCCGGAGGAUGUAAAGGUCAUUGUCAAGCACGCUAAAUUGGAUGAGCGCCAGCUGACCCAACUCACCCAAGCACUUUAUUUUCCCUCCGCGGACGUAGAUUGCGAUAACCUCCGCCUCCUGGAGCUGGACGGGCACAUGCUGGAGCAGAUCCGCGAUGGCCAGAAGCUCUACUUUAAGGGCGGCCAAAAUGAAAAAGUGGUUCUUUGCACGGAUGAGCGAACCUACGAUGUGAAAGGUGCAGAGAUAUCCAACAGUCUGCUUUUGGUACCGGACCUUAAGUUCGCCGCCGCCACCAGCACCUCGCCGCUAAAGAGUCCGCGGACUGGUAAUGCAAAUGCCUCCCUGGAACGGAGUCUCAACGAUAGCACGGAGGACGAACUGGAGGUGCCAAGAACCCUGGAACAACGGCCUGUGCUCAAGGUGUUCCACGAAUAUUUUGAGUGUCGCGAAAUCAAGCCGCGAUUCCGCAAGCUGGGGGAACUGCUACAACUAACUCGGUAUUCAGGACCAGAAAAUGAGUUCUGCGUCGAGCAGAAGCUUCUCUUCACACUCAACCAACUCCUGGAUACGGUGCAGUGCAGCCGAGCGCAGUUUAUGGAGGGGUUAAACCAAUAUCGAGCCAUGGAGCUGGAUGGCCGCAUGCGUGUGAUGGAGUACGAGUACGAAUAUCGCAUAAUUAACAUGAUGCUGGGAGUUAUCAGCGAAAAUUCUUGGCCUUUAGACGAAGUGGAGAGGGAGGAAACCAUCAACGCACUAAAAGGCAUCGCUCCAGAGGAUGUUGUGGCGGGGCUCUUCGAUAUCUAUACCACACCCAGCGAACGUUGUCCUGGAAAGUUUGAGUACCAGGAGUCGCUGGUUGCGCGGAUUGUGGCUCAGAAUAUUCUGCAGCCAGGCUUGCGGUUCCGAAACGAGGAGUUUAUGCGCACCUGGCAGGAGGCGCUACCCGAGGGCAUGACCUGCGAUUUGAAGUAUCUUCGUGGUCUGGGCAUCUGCGAUAAAGAAGGAGCUCAGCCCUGUAUCCGUUCGCUGGCCGAGGAGCAACUGCCCACCAACAUCAACGAUCGCAUGAAGGCCUUGUUUAAGACCAAGCAAAGGUGGACCAUGGAGGAAAUGGAGCCUUACAUAGAAUGUUUUACUACCCCAACUUUAUCCGUAUCAACGCUACUAGCCAAACACGCCCGUUCAUUAACAGAUGGAGGCGUGCGUUACUUUGUUUCAAAGCAUUAAUGUAAACUGUAAUAGGAUAAGUAAUAAGUUGGGACACACUGUAGUUCAGUGGCGGAUCCACGGGGGGGUUUUAUUAUAAAAAUAAAUUUAAGGUUGUCCUAGGCA